AUGAUUAGACGCCCUAGAUUUUUAAGUCCUUAAGAGAGAGUGAAAUCUCCUCCUCCUCAUGUUAAUUUACAGUUUCCACACAAACACUCUCUUAUGAUGUAGGUAAAAACUUAUAUUAAUUAGACUGGUCCUUAUGUAUUUGAUCGCUCUUAAAUAAUUGGAAAAGGAUAAUAUUCUGUUGUGUAUAAAGGAUAUGAAUAGAAUAAACCUAGUCAAAUAGUUGCGGUUAAAGUGAUUACAAUUCAAUCAAACAAUCCAAUUCAAAUGUACAUGAUAGAAAACGAAAUCAACACUCUUUAACUUUUGGAUUCUCCUCACAUACUUAAACUAUUAUAUCAUCAUCAAAACAAUAAAACUGUAUUUUUAGUGACUGAAUUUUGCAAUAAAGGUAAUUUAUCUAAUCAAAUUAAUAGGUGAUCUUUUACAAAAAUUAUAACGAUCUCUAAUUUCAGAAGAAGAGGCAUUACAAUAUACUCUACAAAUUGCAAAAGCAUUAUAAACUAUUCAUUCACAUAAUAUAAGUAUGUAUUCAAUUUAAUUUUAGUGCAUGGAGACAUAAAAUCUGCAAACAUUUUACUAUCAGAUAGAUGUGUUUUAGCAGACUUUGGGUUUGCAUAGAAAAUAGAUUAGGCUUAAUAAACGUUUAUAAUAGGCACACCUCUUUAUAUGGCACCAGAAGUGCUCUUUGAUAAUGAGAUAAAUUGUUAAGCAGAUAUGUGGUCUUUAGGUUGUGUGUUAUAUGAAAUGGUUUAUGGACAAUCACCAUUUUAUUCUGAGAAUAACGAUAUUUUAAAAAAUACAUUAACAAAGUUUAAAGAACAUGGUAAAUUAAUAUUUCCUAACACUGGAGUUUCUAAAAAAAUUUAAGCCUUAAUCUUAUAUUUAAUUAGAAUAGAUCCAAGUUAGAGAUUAACAGCUUCAUAAACAGUUUCUUUACUUGAACCAGGGAAUGUCAAUGAAUAAAUUAAAUUAAAUGAAAAUCAAAUUAAAAUUAAGCAAGAAUUAUUAAACUUAGAUGAAAAAGAAGCUCCAAAUUUAAUGCUUUAGUAAUAAUAAUAAUAGGCCAACAUUAAUGAAAAUAAUAUGAAUUCUAAUUCAUAAUCAAACUAAACUUCUAUUUAGGAUAUUCAAUCUACUCCUGAUAACUAAAAGAAUACAGGAGGUCACAAUUCAUAAGAUGAACAUAGAAGAAGUACAAAAAAUAGUAAUUCAAGUGCUAAGAGAAAAAAACUAUUGCAAUAAUUAAAUAAUCUUAAUUCAAGGAAUAUUAAUUCAUAAAUUAAUAAUACACCUUCUUAAUAAAGUUAGCCAUAAAAUACUUAAAACUCUGAUGUAAAGAAAAUUCCACAAAAGAAUAUUUAAUAUCCAUAAUAAAUUAAUCCUAAUACUCCUAUUAAUCUGAGUAAUAAUAAUAAUAAUAAUAAUAAUAAUAAUAAUAAUAAUAAUAAUAAUAAUAAUAAUAAUAAUAAUAAUAAUAAUAAUUCUAAUAAUAAAACUAUUUCUUUAUUAGAUUUGGUUAAUUAUUUUUAUAAAGUUUAUUAAUUAAUAAUAAAUGGUAAAGAAAUUAAAUUAGCUUUCAUAUAUCUUAAGCUUGUUAACAUUUAUUAUUUGGCUUAUUUAGAAGAAUAAUCUAAAUAAUAGAAAAAAGUAAUAUUUGUUAGUUGUCAAAAUGAUUAUUUUGAAUUAGAAAGAGAAAUUAAGAAUAAAUAUCCUUAUUGGCUAAAGGAGGAGGAAUUUUAAAAGAUUUUUCAUAGCAAAUUUACUCUUACAUAAGAUUUUCUUAAAUAUUCACUGAAUUAUUUGAAUAAAGCAGCCGUUGAUUAAUAGUAAGAUGAAAAAAUAACAGAAAAAAUAAAGAAAACUCUAUAAAUAAUAUAAAUUCUUGUGUCAAAUGAGAGAAGUAGCACACUUUAAUUAGAUUAAUAAAUUAUACGGCUUCAUAGACUUAAUUCCAAAGUUUGA